CUCGAGUAAUCGCCGCAGAACGUAGCUAAAAGCGCUUUUUUUAUUAAAACACGACGAUCGCGUGUUGGAGAGAGAUCUGAACUGAAAAUUGGAACUGCAGCUUCUGAUUUGAGAGUGAGGCCAUGGCAGGGUCUGGGAGUUCCAUGAUGUAUUCCUUUCUUCUAUUCACUGUCAUCCUAUCACUUCAAGAAAUGUACCGUGGGAAACUUGCAUCAUCAGAACUAUACACAAUACUUGGAGGGUUCACCAGUUCUCUCCUAUUUCUUGUGCUUUUAACUUUCAUUGGAAAUUUUCAGGAAACAGCUGGUACAAGAACUGGCUGGGGUGCUGUCAUAAUAGCAGAAGCAGUUGCUUUGAUUGCUGCAAGCACUGUCCACCGAGUAUGCACCACUACAUGUUUUCUGUUCUCGGCUGUAUUGCUCUAUGAGGUUAACAAGCUCUCCGGAUCAGCUGUUUCCACAAGUGACUCCAGAACUAAAAAGCAAAGUGGGAGAGCUUAGUCAUGUUGUUUGCUUACUGUCAAAGCAUCUAUAGAGAAUUUUCGCUAGUCGCUAUAGUUUUACAACCGUAGUAUCAUAACUUAUAAGAGCGUCUUAUGAUUUAUCUGACACUUUUUACAGUUACAACAAUGGUAUGAUUCGAAAGAUGUGCAUUAACUAAAGUUCAAUCAGUCAUUUUUUAACACAGGCAAACAUGUUAUCUUCAUCAGAUAAUGAAUGUUAAAAUGGGUUACAAGA